AUGUCCUACUACGACGUUGACGCCAUUCUCACCGACGGCGAAAAAGUCCCCUGUCGGUUCGAGCUCGACGUGCCUUACCUCGGCCACCUCGACAACUCCAACGGCCUCAAGCCCGGCACGCGCCUCAACCUUCCCCUAUGGCUCGCCGAAAUGUUCGCCCUCGCCUCUGCCGGAGAGGAUUCCAAGCCGCCGCUGACGCUGACCCUGCCACCAUGCCUAUCCGAACAAGUGCUCGCCGCGCUGAAAGCCGAUCCGCGAGCCGUGCCGCUACGAGACCAGAGCGCAUAUUUUUACGGAGUGGCUGUACGGAUGUUGGAUCUGUUUGACGAGAGGGAACUGAGCGCCAUUCUAAGGACAACGUUUGUUGUGAGGGCGGCGGACGUGGGACUGCAUGCGAGAAAGGCCGAGGAGUCGGGAUUGGGAGGACAGGGUGAGGAAUUCCUACGGGGGCUGGAUGAGUGGGAGAGACGGCUGUUCAGGAGAGGGCAUGAGGGCGUCAAGGGGGCCAAGGAGUGGACGGACAAUGUGAAGAAGUCAUGA